AAAAAACCCCACAUUCACGAUUCUCAUUGCACAUAGCGUUCGACCGCGCCGCACCUUUCGCCGCCUGUUACUCGUACCCAAUAAAAAGCGUACGAUCGAUAUUCUAAAUUCAAAAGUGACAGAAAAUUAGUGGAUCUGUGUAAUAAAGAUGGUUCGUAAAAUCAGUGCGCUUCUCUGCUGUUUCUGCGUUUUGGGCAUAUCGAUGUGCGAUAGCGCUAUUUCUACGGACAACGAGCAGAGAUGCAAAAAUCCACCGACGGCUCCACAGAAGAUCGAACGUGUUAUAACCCUUUGCCAAGAUGAAAUCAAACUGUCAAUACUCAGAGAAGCCCUAGACGUCAUCAAAGAAGAACAUACCAUGCCGGCUGAACGGAAGCGGAACAAGAGAGAAGUACCCUUUACACACGAUGAGAAACGCAUUGCUGGGUGUCUACUGCAGUGCGUGUACAGGAAGGUGAAGGCAGUCGACGGUUUCGGUUUUCCGACCCUCGAAGGUCUCGUCGGAUUAUAUUCGGACGGAGUCAACGAGCGCGGCUACUUCAUGGCGGUUCUCGAAGCCUCCAGAGAAUGCCUGAUGAAGAACCACGAUAAGUUCUCCAGGACCACGCCUAUGGAUAACGGCCGCAACUGUGACGUGUCCUUCGAUAUAUUCGAGUGCAUAUCGGAUCGCAUCGGAGAGUACUGUGGCACUUCAGGCCUAUAAGUCUACACACAGAUAGUACACACUACACGUCACUGAAUUUCCAUCGAACUAAAAAUUUUUUUUCCUGCCUAAGCUGAUGAUAGCCUUAAGAGGCUAUAUCAGCGACUAUAUCACGGGGCUCAAACCUGACGACGUUGCUAACACGAACCCUAGCAAGAGCCGUGCUUCGCAGAAUCUACCACCGGAUCGGAAACGCGACCCACUCAGAAGAUUCGGCGAGAAACUCAGUGGGCUGUGUCUGAGGGUUUAAAAAUUUAAUGAGACAUUUUUUAACGUUAUGAUGUUGAACUCGACGCAUUCACUACUGUUUACUUCAUUUCAGUUCUUCAAACGAAUCUGUCUUAAGCUUACGGACAAGUAGAGUGAAUUUUAUAGUUAAGUAAUUACUGGUGGUAGGACCUCUCGUGAGUCCGCGUGGGUAGGUACCACCACCCUGCCUAUUUCUUCCGUGAAGCAGUGAUGCGUUUCGGUUUGAAGGGUAGCGCAGCUGUCGUAACUAUACUGAGACCUUAGAACCCAUAUCUCAAGGCGGGUCUUUUUAUUGCGAUACAAUCAUUUUUUUGUGGCCAAUGCAUUGUACAAUGAUACCAAUUUUGAUACCAAAAAAAAACAUAAUACCCACAAAUCAGCAUUCCUUUGCUAUUAAGAAUUAGCGUUUGAUGUUUUUUAAAUUCAAAUACGUGCGUUCACUGCUCUAUAACUUUGUGAUACAUUGCGUCCUAUACCACAAAUCAAAGUUAUGUAUAUUUUUGAUAACAUCAUGCAAUGAUGUAGUGAAUUGAAUUCAGUUUAAUUCAACUUAUUGAAGAAUUGUGGACGGACCACUGCACAAAAUGUGACAUGGCGCCGUAAUUACAAAAUCUCCUCUGCAAAUUGUACUAGCUGCCCGUAGAGGGCGAUUCGAGAAUCAUUACGGAGAACCUUGAGGACUAACUUAUAUCCAACAAUGAACGUCUAUAGGCUGAUGAUUUCCGACAAACUUCAUUGGACGGAGGAGGAGCAUUCUUGGAAUAAACAUUUCGAGUGAUUUGAAAAAAAAUUAAAUAUAAUUAUCAUGAACCCUCAAUACAGCCCUCGAAGCGGUAUCUGACGCCUGGAUAAAUGACUUUUGCUUUACAACGACAGAUGCGGCCCCGCACCAAAUACCGCUUGCAAGUCAGAAUGGGGGCUCCCAAAUAUCAGAUAUUUCCAUUUGACUCCAUACUGGAAAGGGGCGUUUAGAUUCUCAAUAAUUUUGAUCUUGAAGACCUCUUAGACGUUUGGAACCUCUUGGUUUAAGCAGGGAUACUCAUCUGUGUAUUUUACAGUACGUUAGACGAUAAGAUCUCUAUGGAAUAAUUUGGUAUAAUCCCGUCAUCCCGUUAGACCAUUACGCCGCCCUCUGGAGCACAGUUUAUCCAGAUCACCUGGAACCACUGCCUUGAUGUACAGUGAAUUCCCAGAGACCAUUGCUCUCACGUACUCAUCCGAUCUUGGAGUGCGCUCUCCUCCACGAUGUCUUAUGAGCGUUAUGACAUCUUUCUUUAAAACGGAGGCUUGAAAGAUCCGUAAUUACGUGAUAGUGGCUCUGGCUUAUCCAUAGUAAUUCCUUUAAGUCCAAAUUUUUUUUUUUUUGAGGUGUCGACCAGUCGGACAUCUUCAAUCGAGCGAAUAUAUCAAGCUCAGUGGACUGAUGGUCUGAAUAUUGGUGUUCGCGAUUUUUACAUAUGUGCACUUUUUUUUUCCUACCUAUGCUGAUAGCCUUGAAAGGCUAUUUCAGCUUUGCCCCAAGCCGGGAGCGUUGCUGACACUGGCUCUAGCAAGAGCAGUGCUUCGCUUCGAAUCUACCAUCGGAUCGGAAACGCGACCCACGAUGUGCACUUAUUUUGCAAAUGUCGUUAGCGCGAUUAAUUUUUUUGUCAUUUACCUCCUGUCCUAUGAUAGCUACUACUGAACAUUAAAUUUUUACGGAAAUUUACUAAAUUCUAUUCAAUUCUAAAAAUGUUUAUGUAAUCAAUCUUAAGAAAUAUUGUUUAAUGUUUAAUAUAUUAUAGUUACCACGAAAUCUCCUAAAAACAUUUUCAUUUAGAUUAUUGUAAAUAAUCUUAGAUUUUUAACUCUAUACUAAAAUGUGAUGCUCAAUUAACCGUAGUGUAAGCCACUUUAAUGUAGCAACUCAAAUAAAAGCUAUCUCUGUGAUUUUCAUAUUAUUAUGUAAAAACACAAUUUCUUUUAAUGUUACAACAAUAAUUAUAAUUUUUUAUUUUUUACAAAGAAGACAAUUAUUUACCUAUUUACCAUUUAAAGAGCCGUUGUCUAGAAUAUUCUUUGAAAUUUAAUUAAAACAAUAAAAAAUUAACGAACUGAUAGAUUAAUCUUAGUUUUAGGUUUUCGUUCAAUAAAAUAAUGUAAAUAU